UUAAUCAUAAUAUCUUGACUUCGGAGUUGUGCUUUCACUCUGCCUACAUUGGGGGCUGGGGAGUUGAGGUCAUUCUGUGUCAGGGGGGUUUAACUUUGCCCAGUGGAAUCCCUUGGGGAGCCUUUGCAGAUCUAGGAUCAGGCCACACCAGACGGUGACAUCAGAACCUCUGGGCUUGGGACAGAGGCCUCAGUACUUGGUGUAGCUUCCAGGUGAUUCCAGUGAGCAACUACAGUUGAAACCCGCUGUGUUACCUUCACCACCGACCCAGCCAUGGCAGGCACAGGGAGCAGUUUGCCAUGGGGCAAGCAUCUGUUCAAAGUCAUCCUGGUGGUCCUCGUGGCCCUCCUCCUCCUCCACUCAGCAUCAUCCCAGUCCCAUCGAGACUUUGUGUCAUCAGACCAGCAGAAGAGGGAGGUCCCAGUUGAUCUCCUGAGCCAGAUAGGUCGAUUUGUGCGGGGAACACUGGAUGCCUGGAUUGGCCCAGAAACCACCCACCUGAUUUCUGAGACCUUGACCCAGGUGAUGUGGGCCGUCUCAUCCGCCAUCUCUGUGGCCUUCUUCGCUGUGUCUGGGAUUGCCGCACAGCUGCUGAGUGCUUUGGGGCUCGACGGAGAUUACCUCACCCAGGGCCUGAAGCUCAGCCCGGGCCAGAUCCAGACCUUCCUGCUGUGGGGAGCAGGGGCCCUGGUGGCCUAUUGGCUGCUGUCCCUGCUCCUUGGCUUGGUCUUGGCCUUGCUGGGGCGAAUCCUGUGGGGCCUGAAGCUGGUCCUCUUCCUGGCCGCCUUUGUGGCCCUGGUGAGGUCGGUACCUGACCCGUCCACCCGGGCCUUGCUCCUCCUGGCCUUGCUCACCCUCUACGCCCUGCUGAGCCGCCUCACUGGCACCCGGGCCUCGGGGGCCCAGCUGGAGGCCAAGGUGCGGGGGCUGGAGCGCCAGGUAGAGGAGCUGCGCUGGCGGCAGAGGCGAGCGGCCAAAGGGCCCCGGAGUGUGGAGGAGGAGUGAGGAGGACGCUGGACACUGCCACGUUCAUCGUACCAAAGAGCUGAGCUGCUUCUGGGUUGCACAGCCCUCCUCCCAGCCCCCUGCCCCUUCCUUGCCCUGUCUCUGAACCUUCCGAACCUUGAUCUGGGCACCACACCCCUUAGCCGAGAGAGAGGAAGACCAUUCUCCUGCUGGUCUUCAGGGGCCCUGUCUUCUGAGGUUCUCUGCCUGGGGUUGGCUCUCUUAACCCUCUCUCUGCUCCCAGCCUGUCUUAGCCAGGGCCGGUUGUGGGGCCUCCCUGCCAGCUUCUGCACCUGCUCUCAGCGAACAUCACUGCUGUUGGCCUCCCGUGACUCAUUUACCAUCUUGCCUUCCUCCUGAUGCCCUGGCGCUCCUGUCCUUCUCAGGCUCUUCCUUUGCUAAGUCCCCAGCUUCCUUCCCAUUUGUCUUCUCCUUCCAGCUCAGUCUUCCAGCCAGACCACGGUCCCUCAAGGCAUGCUCCUGUUCCUUCAUUGCCCUGUGUGGGGAAGAAGCAGGGCAGAUGGGGCUUGAGGGGAAGGGAAAUGGGGAAGUUCCCCUGAGGGGCUGGGGCUGGGAUGUACAUGAGUCUGUUACAAGUGCCUUAAUCCGAGCCAGUGGGGCCUUUUGCCUGCCCUCUGCCGUACUGUAUGUAGGAAGGUGCACUGUGGCUGCUUUGUGUCCAGAGGAGAGUGGUUCCUCUCGGAAUCUUGAUUCCCCUUUGCUUGAUUCCCCAAGCAAAAGAUGACUGCUUCAUAGGCUUGUGCCUGCAAGUAGGACCCUGCAGUGGCCACCAGAUCCCCUCUGGGGACUUCAGAGACCCUGAAGGAGGAAAGAAGGGUCAGCUCCUUGUCUGUACCAUGCCAGGCGGCUCUCCAUCUCUCUCUCCAUCACUGCCACCAAGGAGUUGCUGAUCAGCGGCCACCAGCAGCCUGGGAGGAACACAGAACAGACACUAGAGAUGCCCCCACAAUCCCUUUCCCGUGUCAUGCUCUGGGGGAGCCAGGGGAGCCAAGCCCUCCCCAUGGGGCUCUCCUCUGGUGGAGGUGGGCAUCCUCCUCUGCCAGACCCAGCACAUGAUGUGAAGAGUAAAGACAUGCCCAGGUCUGUUGAGGUUUGAUGUGGAAUCACAGCUGCAGUGAUAGAUAUUUUUAUCAGCGCUUGGUGGUUGGUUUUAAAUAAAGUGCACGCUAUUUUAUUGUCUUGUUCCGGAUAAAAUGUA